AUUCUGUCGUAACGGAGAACGUCAGAGGCUUUGUCACAGAAGAGUUUUGAUUGUGACAUUUUAGAAACGCUGAGUAAGUUUCAUUUAAUCGGGUGAUUGUCUUUAUGGUGUUUGGACAUCGAGUUGAUUAUGCACGAAGAAGGUGAGAUUUCCGACUCGGACACAGACGAUGACGGGCCCAAUGCAGAGGAAGUCGUGAUCCUAGCUGACAUCGAGAGGCUCCAAAACACUGAAUGGCAAAUACACAUGCUCCACUCCUGAGGGGAAACAUCAAACUGGUGAAGAAACAGCAAACCUUUUUUGAGCGCCAGAACCUGAUGAAAGUGAAUGAAUGGAAGUGGAGAGUUGGAUGGUUUAAGAAAGCUGUAGCAGGAGGUGCCAAUGAGAAUGGCUUUCCUUGACAAUCCCACUAUCAUACUGGCCCACAUUCGACAGUCUCAUGUGACUAGUGAUGACUCAGGAAUGUGCGAGAUGGUGCUGAUUGACCAUGAUGUUGACUUCGAGAAGUGUUAUUUAGGUGCCAUAUCCACUGGUAGUGGAUUGAUGGGUUUGUUAGGGGAUGGUAUUGUUGGUGGAGAUAUGCAGCCCUGUGAGCUCUCUCAGUCUGUGGACAUCACUUCCAGUUGGGACUUUGGUAUCCGUCGUCGCUCCAACACAGGAGAGGAGGAGAAUUUCAUGGGGCCAAAGCCUACUGCUCAAAGGUUGGAAAGACUAAGAAAGGAACGACAGAACCAGAUCAAGUGUAAAAACAUUCCAUGGAAGGAGAGGACAUCAUCUCAGUCAGCUGAAGACUUGAGUUUCCUUUUUGAAAAGAAGGACUUUAAGGAGAGGCCUCGAAGCACAGGGACCAAAUCCACCCUUUCUCUGCGCCUAGAGCAGUGUCCUCAACAGCUCAACAACCCCUUUAAUGAGUACUCCAAAUUCGAUGGGAAGGGCCAUGUAGGUACAACUGCAACCAAGAAAAUAGACGUCUACCUCUCAAUGCAGUCUACCCAGGAGAAGUUGCAUCCUAUGAUGGUGGUGACAAUGGCAAAUGCUCGAGUUCAUGAUCUUAUUGGCCUUAUUUGCUGGCAGUACACCAGUGAGGGUCGUGAACCAAAACUAAAUGAGAAUGUCAACACAUACUGCCUCCACAUAGCUGAGGAUGAUGGGGAAGUGGAUACAGAUUUCCCCCCUCUAGAUUCCAAUGAGCCCAUCCACAAGUUUGGUUUCAGCACACUUGCUCUGGUGGAGAAGUACUCAUCUCCAGGACUAGGCCCUAAGCAGUCACUUUUUGUCAGAAUAAAUGCAGCCCAUGGUUUCUCGCUGAUUCCAGUGGACAAUUUAAAGGUAACCAUGAAAGAGAUUCUACAGAAGGCUCUCAAGAAAAGAAAAGGCUCACAAAAGGGUUCAGGCCCCAUGUAUCGUUUGGAAAAGCAGAUGGAGCCAAAUGUGGCAGUAGAGCUGGACAGUACACUGGAGAGCCAGAGCACACUGGAGUUCUGUCUAGUCCGAGAGAACAGCUCCAGAGGAGAGGAAAGCUUGGAAGAGGACCCGCCCAUAGACAUCAAUACAGUACAAGAUAUGUUGAGCAGUCACCACUACAAAUCCUUUAAAAUAAGCAUGAUCCACAAGCUCCGCUUCACUACUGAUGUUCAGUUAGGUAUAUCAGGUGAGAAGGUGGAGAUUGAUCCUGUCACCAAUCAGAAAACAAGCACUAAGUUCUGGAUACGACAGAAGCCCAUCUCCAUUGAUUCAGACCUGCUUUGCGCAUGUGACCUGGUAGAGGAGAAGAGUCCAAGUCAUGCAAUAUUUAAGCUCACAUAUCUUAGCAACCAUGACUACAAGGUCCUUUACUUUGAAUGUGAUGCUGCUACAGUCAACGAGAUUGUGCUAAAGGUGAACUACAUCCUUGAGUCUCGAGCCAGCACCUCAAGAGCUGAGUAUUUUGCACAGAAGCAACGCAAACUCAGCCGACGUACCAGCUUUAGCUUUCAGAAAGACAAGAAAUCAAGCCAGUAGGACCUCUGACCGAGUGUCUCUGAACCAAGCAGAAAGAAAAACAGAAGGGAAAAAAAAAUCACUAUUAAACGGAAGCCAUUAAUAAAACAGAAAUAGGGUGAAAUGCAAUAGUUAAAACAAGAGAGAAGUGAAAACAUAAUAAUAGAAAAUGGGUAAAAAAAACAAUGUUGAAAGGACUAAAUAAACAAAAAUGCAAUUUAAUAGCAGCUGAGGAAAUUAAGGUUGUGAAGUUAAGAUUAAGGACACUCAGUAGUUAAAUCAACUCCUCAGGGUCCAUCUUUGUAUUUGACUUAGCCAUUAUCUGCACUGAUACACUCUGUCAUUUAAGAAUGUGAAAAAAAAAUAAAACGACAAUUUUAGAUGAUACUAUCCAGUCUUUGUGACUGUAGCAUAUGGACAGAGAAGAUGCUUGUUUCAGGGGUGUUUUUUUUUUUUAAUGUCCACUGCUUACAGGUGUGUCAAAUGAAUGCAGGUGGACAAAAGAUCAAGUCAAGGUUUUAAAAAAAUUCCAAAUAUUUUAUAUAAUUUUUCCCCCCAAAAAAAUUUAAAAAUAGAAACCACAUUCAUGAUCACGUUAAAAAAAUACUACUCAUACAUACUGUUAAACAUAACGGUCUGGGGAUUUAAACAUUAACUUAAAUCAAAGCAUGUUUGCUUGUAAUUUUUAACAGUAAAGGUGAAUGAAACUUAUUUUUAAUUAUUGCAUUUGACUGGUAUAUUCCAGCAAUUAAAAAUGAUCAGAUAAAUUACUUGUAUUUUUUCCUGUUGUGUGUUCUAUUUCACUCCUCCUAGCAACCAGUGAUGAGGAUCAGCUUGAGUGUAUGCACCAUGCUGAGACCUUUCUACAGAGUCUUGUAUUGAAUUGUGUGUCAAUAUAGUGUAUACUUCUGUUGUACAGCUGUCAUUCCUCCUUUUUCGUCUCCCCUCAUACACAUCGGCCCACGUGUACACAAUAUUUACAUGAUAUGGCCUUUGAUAGGAAAGGUAUACACGAGUGCAUUUUACACACACACCUGAACUUAAAAGCCCCAGUACGGGGCGUUGUGGAUAAGGCGCCAUACCAUAAAUCCGGGGACCCGGGUUCGAUUCCGACCCGAGGUCAUUUCCCAAUCCCUCCCCAUCUCUCUCUCCCACUCAUUUCCUGUCUCUACACUGUCCUAUCCAAUAAAGUUGAAAAAAGCCCCCAAAAAAAUCUUUAAAAAAAAAAAAAAAGCCCCAGUACAAAGACCUUGAAGCCGUUUCAGGAAUGGAUGAAACCAGGAGAACUGGAUGCUCUGGCAAAAAUCUCCCUUCAUGUGUGUUUGUGCCUAGAUAACUCUGGGGUGACCUUGUGUUUGAUUUACUAGUUUCUCCUCACAAUUGUGUGUAUCAAUUGAUUCACAAAUGCAGCACUUCUUAAAAGUAGGGAUUCAAGGUAUGUUUUUUGCUGUUCUGGGUGCAUGCCCUGUAGUACUACAACCCCAAUUCCAAAAAAGUUGGGACAAAGUACAAAUUGUAAAUAAAAACGGAAUGCAAUGAUGUGGAAGUUUCAAAAUUCCAUAUUUUAUUCAGAAUAGAACAUAGAUGACGUAUCAAAUGUUUAAACUGAGAAAAAUGUAUCAUUUAAAGAGAAAAAUUAGGUGAUUUUAAAUUUCAUGACAACACCACAUCUCAAAGUUGUGACAAGGCCAUGUUUACCACUGUGAGACAUCCCCUUUUCUUUUUACAACAGUCUGUAAACAUCUGGGGACUGAGGAGACAAGCUGCUCAAGUUUAGGGAUAGGAAUGUUAACCCAUUCUUGUCUAAUGUAGGAUUAUAGUUGCUCAACUGUCUUAGGUCUUUUUUGUCGUAUCUUCCGUUUUAUGAUGCGCCAAAUGUUUUCUAUGGGUGAAAGAUCUGGACUGCAGGCUGGCCAGUUCAGUACC